AUGGAGCCGGCUUCCACUACGGGGGGCUCGGAGACCACUCGCCUGGUGGGCCCCCGAGACCGCGGCGGCGCUGGUGGCGGCCUGCGUUUGAAGAGUCUCUUCACAGAGGCCCCCGAGCCCCUCCCUGAGGAGCCCAAGCCCAUGGAGAUGUCCUUCCAGCACUGCCACCGGGAGCCGCUGCCUCAGCCGGGUCUCACCCCGGAGAGGAUGCAGGCGCAGAGGCAGCUGUGCGCCGCCUGUGCUGUGUGCUGCGUCUUCAUGGCCGGGGAGGUGGCUGGUGGGUACUUGGCGCACAGCCUGGCCAUUAUGACUGACGCGGCCCACCUGUUGGCGGACGUGGGCAGCAUGAUGGGCAGCCUCUUCUCCCUCUGGCUCUCCACUCGUCCAGCCACCCGCACCAUGACCUUUGGCUGGCACCGCUCAGAAACUCUGGGGGCUCUGGCCUCUGUGGUCUCCCUCUGGAUGGUCACUGGCAUCCUCCUGUACCUGGCCUUCAUCCGCCUGCUGCACAGCGACUACCACAUCGAGGGGGGUGCCAUGCUGCUGACCGCCAGCAUUGCGGUCUGUGCCAAUCUGCUAAUGGCUUUUGUGCUGCACCAGGCUGGGCCCCCCCACAGCCACGGGACUAGGGGGCCAGAGUAUGCACCGCUGGAGGAGGGGUCCGGGGAGCCCUUGCCCCUGGGGAACACCAGCGUCCGGGCGGCCUUUGUGCACGUGCUGGGAGACCUCCUGCAGAGCCUUGGGGUGCUGAUUGCCUCCAUCCUCAUCUACUUCAAGCCUCAGUACAAAGCAGCUGACCCCAUCAGCACCUUCCUCUUCUCCAUCUGUGCCCUUGGAUCCACAGCUCCCACCCUGCGAGAUGUUCUCCGUGUCCUCAUGGAAGGGACCCCCCGAAGUGUGGGCUUUGAACCCGUGCGGGACACCUUGUUGUCAGUGCCGGGAGUCCGGGCAACCCAUGAGCUGCACCUGUGGUCCCUGACGUUCACGCACUACGUUGCCUCUGCACACCUGGCCAUUGACUCCACGGCCGACCCCGAAGCUGUCCUAGCUGAAGCUACAUCCCGGCUCCACUCCCGGUUUGGAUUCUCCAGCUGCACCCUGCAGGUCGAGCAAUACCAGCCCGAGAUGGCCCAGUGCCUGCGCUGCCAGGAGCCCCCCCAAGCCUGAGCC